GGCCGAGGGCUGCGGAGGGGGCGGGGGCAGAGAGAGAUGCAGAGAUGGCAGAGCUUAGCAGGCAGUGAGGUCAGAGUGUCUGUGAGGUCGGCUGCUGUCCAGGGCUGGCCUGGGGUCCUGGUGCCCAGAGUAGGUGGAUCCAAGGAGCUCAGCGGUCCCCCAGCCUGAACCAUGGAGACCUGGGAGGGAAUACCCAGCGUGUCCUUGAUGCCCACAAACUCCAAGGCCCCUCCAGUACGGGUGAAGAUGUCGGCCCAGGACAGCUGCCUCAGCCUCAUCAAGUACCUCCUCUUCGUUUUCAACCUCUUCUUCUUCGUCCUAGGCAGCCUUAUUUUCUGCUUCGGCAUCUGGAUACUCAUUGACAAGACCAGCUUCGUGUCCUUUGUAGGCUUGUCCUUCGUGCCCCUGCAGAUCUGGUCCAAGGCCCUGGCCAUCUCAGGAAUUCUCACCAUGGGCCUUGCCCUCCUGGGCUGUGUGGGGUCCCUGAAGGAGCUCCGCUGCCUCCUGGGCCUGUAUUUUGGGAUACUUCUGCUCCUGUUUGCCACGCAGAUCACCCUGGGAAUCCUCAUCUCCACUCAGAGGAUGCGGCUGGAGCGGAGGGUGAAGGAAAUCGUGCUGGAGACCAUCCAGAACUACCGCUCGCGUCCGGAGGAGUCGGCGGCGGAGGAGAGUUGGGACUACGUGCAGUUCCAGCUGCGCUGCUGCGGCUGGAACUCUCCUCGGGACUGGUUCAGUAUCCCCAGCCUCAUCAGCAACGAGUCGGAGGUGCAUCGCGUGCCCUGCUCCUGCUAUAAUUCCUCGGCGACCAAUGACUCUGCAGUCUUCGAUAAGCUCUCCUUCCCCCAGUUCAGCCGGCCCGGACCCCUGGCGCGGCCCCGGCACAGUACUGACCUUUGCGUGGUUCCUGCAGACAGCAAAGUCUACAGCGAGGGCUGCGCGCGGAGCCUCCAAAAGUGGUUGCACAACAACCUCAUCUCCAUAGUGGGCAUUUGUCUAGGUGUCGGUCUCCUUGAGGUAAUUUGGUCCAGCCCCCACUCGCAAUUGGCCCUACAAUCCCUAGAUGGCCCUACCCCAAACCCCUGGGAAAGGUGCAAGCCUGCUAGAGCGUCAGCCCAUCCAGGUUCUCCUGCCUCUCCGCAUGUACGCGGGAGACCUACCCCUUGCAAGCCCCAAUUGGCUGCACGCAGGAAGUAGGCGUUCCCUCCCGCCCUUGCGAAGCUCUCAUUGGCCCUCCUUGGCGUUCCCUGCUCGUAGCCGCAAUAUCCCUCCCCUUUCCCUGCAGGUGAGUGUGGCGGGGCUGAGCCUGCUAAUCUUGCGCAGGGCGCUCCGCCGGGAACGCCAGCGGCAGGUGCUGGGCGCCUGUGGUUCGAGCCCCGGGCCUGGUCCCUGUGCUGAUGGCGGCGGCGGGCGCUGUGGUGUACUGAGCAGCAGCGGGCGUAGCGGCGGUCUGUGGGGUGGCUGGGGCAUGGCGGAUGCCUGUCCCAACUGGGGGGACAAGUCCCCACAGGGCAAGCUGCCCGUGGCCCUGGGGCUCUGGCCGCUUUGGGAUCAAGAUGAGGAACAACCUGAGACCGGGAGCGCGGGCGAUGAGGUGGAGGUCGAGGUGGAAUUAG